CAUUAAUGAACGGGAUGUACGCCCGCGAUGAUCAACGCCGAGAGAAACAAUAUGGCGUCAUCCGGCGAUAAUGCGAGAGUUAAGGGUAUAACAAUCAUAAAGCCUGUAAUAUUUGGAAAUGUGUCUCAUUACUUUGGAAAGAAACGCGAAAGCGAUGGCCACACUCAUGGAUGGACAGUUUUUCUUCGCCCUUUCAAAAACGAGGACAUGUCCAGUUACGUAAAAAAGGUCCACUUCAAACUUCAUGAAAGUUAUGCUAAUCCAUUAAGAGUGGUAACAAAGCCUCCAUAUGAAGUUAAUGAGUCAGGUUGGGGAGAAUUUGAAAUACAGAUCAAAAUAUUUUUCAUGGACCAAAGUGAAAGACCGGUUAGUUUGUUUUCUACAUGUUAUCUUAUGUUGUUUUGUGAUGAGCUUUUAAAGAAAACAAAUUUCAAACUUUUAUGCUGCUUUGCAGGGGCUGAAAUCGAACAAAGAACUACUGCUUCCAUAGGUGCAGCUCGUCAAAAGAUUGGCAAAGAAAUCAGUGAGUUAAAUGAAAAAUUGAAAGUGUGCAAGGAUGCUAUACAACAAAUGAAGGCUGAGAUAGCCAAGCUAGAACAACAGGAGAUUGAAGGACCAGAACAAAGCACAGCACCAGCUGUUGUACAGUGAGAGAAAAAAAAAGUGCUGUCUUCUGCAGCCUUCUUUCAUGAGAAAUCUGAACAGUUCCAUUUGGUGUUUGGAAAUAACAUAAGUGUCGUCUAAACUUAAGAGCCAUUGAUAUUUCUUGAGCUGCAUACAACAGCUUCAAUAUAUAAAAAACUGGCUCUGCCUAUCAUUUUUAAAUUAUAAUAGUCUAGAUCUGAGUUGGUAAGGUGAAAAUGAAGGUGUAAUCAAUAGGCAGUGAAGAUGUGCUUCUUACAUAGUUUUGGUUUCUCAAAGAACACUCAGACAAAUCCUAUGCAGCUUUGAUACAAAAUAUCCAAUCUGCUACAUAGAUCUUGAGGAUCUGAACAGUACAGCCCUUUGAAAAAUAUGAUUCAAGUUGAUUUAAAAUUAAUUAAUAGGUACAACUCCUUUCCUUAUUGUUUUCUAAAUGUUCACAACUUCUCAGAAAUAUUCUGAGAUAUGUCUGAACCAUUGACUUACUGAAGAGACAAGGUAACUGUUGCAUUUUUCUAUAACCUUCCUCUUCUAAACAUCGUAUGCAAAGGGUAAAAAGUUGAGGCUCUGUGAACUCAAACAAGUAAUCAUCUCAGCAGAUGAAAAAGGCAUUGGCACUUCUACAUCAAAGCUAUAUGGUUCUGGGUCUUUAAAGUUAAUAUAAAUCUACAAGUAUUUCUGUAAUCUCUCUCUGUAAAUGUGGUGCAAGAGCAAGGUUUGUUAGACUUAUUACAAUAAUCAGUGAUCGCUCUUAGUAAAGGAGAUCACUGGAAUUGGCACAAUUCCUGAGUUAUGUACCCAUUGAAUCAUGAUGCAAGGUACAGAAGUCUAUUUAACAAUUAUUCCACUAGUGCGCGUUGGAUAUGAGAUGAUAGAGAGCCAACAAGGCGCGUAGCGCC